CCUUCUCAUUUCUUAGUCUAAUUUUUAUAAUUUCGUACUAAAUUCUUCUGCCUUACCUCGUAAUUAAAUAAAUUGUCAUUACCAAGUCUUAUACAUAUCAUACAAUCUCCUUAUUAUUUAUCAUUUCUUAGAUUCAAAUAAAUCUGUAGAAAUUCUCUAACCGUAUAAAUCUGUAGAAAUUUUCUAACCGUAUUGUUGGUGGUUCGUCAAAUAAAUGCCAUCGGGCACAAUGUCAUCAAGAGGAACGGAAACAACAUGGACCUUAAAGCAAAACAAAGCCUUUGAAAGGGCAUUGGCUAUUUAUGACAAAGAUACGCCGGAUCGUUGGGACAAUAUUGCCAAAGCAGUUGGUGGUAAAACUUCUCAACAAGUUAAAAGCCAUUAUGAAGAUCUUUUGGAAGACAUCAAAAAUAUUGAGGCUGGUCAAGUUCCCUUUCCUAACUACACUAAUACUGGUAAUUGACCAUGGGGAACUCAAGUAGGAGAUCAUGUUAAGGUUGAAGGAUGUAGAGCUCUCAUGAAAAUCUAUCUUAAUGAAUAAAACAAUUGUUUAAUGACUUGAUCUAGUAGUUGCUAGUAAAUUAAUUUAUUUCCUUUUGUUCUAACUUUAGUUAUAUUAAGCAAUGUAUCAAAUAUAUAUUAGUGUGGAAUAUUGAGUUGCAAUUUUUUUUUUGUCAUGUACAAGUUGUUGAGGCCUAAAGUUGUUUUUCCUUCCAAUUUUAAAUUUGCUUUUGUUUUUUAGUUGUUAUAUUAAGCAAUGUAUCAAACAUAUAUUUUCUUCAUUGUAAUUUAUUUGCAACAU